CCCAUGGAUGCAUCACCACCCCAAGAAACUCCUGGUGGAGGAAGUUCGACAACUUCACCAGAACUUUCAUCCAUUGGAUCACCUGAAGCUUCGUCAGAACAAGCAAUGACCCCAAUGACAGGCUCUUCAACUACUCCAUCAGAACCUGCGACCAAUGGUACAACAAUAUAUUCGCAGGAACAUACGUCAGGUUAUUCGACAACUCCAUCAGAACAUACGACAGACGAUGCGGCUACAACUUUGUCACACCCUACAACAAUUCCUUCUACGGAGGCUUUACCUGAAACCACAACUAAAGGAAAUUUAGAUGUGAAUUCAUGUAAGAUGCUCUAUUCAAUGGGGCAUCAAACAAGUGGUGUCUAUGCCAUCUCUCCUAGCGGUGUGGGACUGACCGAUGUCUACUGCGAUAUGACCACCGAUAGCGGAGGGUGGACAAUCUUCCAGAAACGUUAUGACGGAUCUGUGGAUUUUUACCGCAAUUAUACCGAGUAUGUUCGUGGAUUUGGUGACGUCGAGGGCGAAUACUGGUUGGGAUUAGACCAACUCUACUUACUUGCUAAAGAUGGAGUCGAACUCAGAAUCGAUAUGGUUGAUUACGAUAACAAUCCAUUCUACGCUCAUUAUGGCAGUUUUAGCAUUGGAAGUACCAACACCAAGUAAGGUUCUUACAAUUUUCCUUCGCUAUAAUUAUAGAGAGAGCGUAUGGAAAACGUUACAUUUUGGAAAAGCUGUCAAAAUUACGCUUAUUAAUGAAGUAUCAUUGUGUAAUAUCUCUAAAAUCUUCUCUAUUAGAUGACACCACGAUAUAUUUUGUUCAUGCUUGAGCGCAAAACGACAUGUUUUAUCAGAGUGACGAGAAUGGCUUGCGCCAUAAUGAAGGAAAUGGGCAGUCAAAUCAAAUGAUUUGCUCGAGUUAUUAA